AUGGCUUCCUCAACAAAUCAAAUUUUCAUUUUCUUCGUGCUAGUCUUAUUUCUCUAUGUUCUCCAAACGUCGGCAUCAUUAGAAAACUAUUCGUCCAGCGAUGGACUUAUACCAUUCUCAGCUAAACAUGUUACUAUCGUCAACAAGUUGGUCUCGCAUGCAAUCUUGAUUGUGCACUGUAGAAACAAAGGGGAUGAUUUAGGAGUAGUAAGACUCAACUGGAAAGACACUUUUGAUUUCAGGUUUCGUGUCAAUCUACGUAAAACAACAACGUACACUUGCAGUUUCGAGUGGCCUAAUGGCACAGCUACGUUUGAUAUAUUUAGAGCAGAUAGAGACGACAAUCCAAAAAGUGAGGCUGGAAGCUGCAAAGAAUGUAUUUGGUAUGUAACUGAGGCAGGUCCAUGUCGUAUUAAGCGCGAUGGUGGUCGGCCUCUAUGUUUUCCAUGGAAUCCUUAGUUACUUAAAA